AUGAAAGCGUACUCUCUCGUCCUCCUGGCCGUCCCGGCACUGGCCGGCCGGCACAUUGCCCGCGACGCCAUCGAGACGAUUUGCACGCAGAACAACAUCAUCACGACCGACGACUUCAUCCUGUACAACAACCUCUGGGGCGAGGAGUACGCGACCUCCGGGUCGGAGUGCACCUACCUGGACUACGUCUCGGGUAACUCCAUCUCGUGGCAGACCUCGUGGACCUGGGCGGGCGGCGCCGACUACGUCAAGAGCUAUCCGAACGCUGUGUUGAACGUGGGCGCGAAGCAGCUCAGCUCGAUCACCAGCAUCCCGACCACCUGGAGUUGGAGCUACACCGGCACGGACCUUGUUGCCGACGUCUCGUUCGACGCCUUCUUCUCGGCGACCGACUCGACGACCGCCGCGCACGAGUACGAGGUCAUGGUCUGGCUGGGCGUGUACGGCGGCAUCGAGCCCAUCGGCAAUGCGGACGGGCCGAUCGCCAGCCCCACCAUCGGCGGCCAGGUGUGGGACCUGUACAAGGGACCGAACGACUGGACGGUGUUCAGCUUCGUGGCGCGUGAGAAUAUUGAGAAUUACUCGGGUGAUAUCAUGGAGUUUUUUACUUAUUUGAUUGAGAAUGAGGGCGUGGAUUCCAGUCUGUAUCUGCAGACGCUGGGAGCGGGGACGGAGCCGAAAACCGGGGAGGAUGCGUGGUUUACGGUUGCGCCGUACGAGAUUAGUAUCAAUGCUUAGGGGAUUACUGGGAGGUCCGGGGGGAACUCCCGAGACACCCAUGUUGAGGGAAUUGGGAUGGCGUUUGCCAUGAAGCUGAAAGAAAGGAGGGUCUCCGGGGAUUCUUCCUCGGGAUCCUGUAUCUGGAGUGAGUUGGCAUGAGUUUAUGUUAGAGAGUUAGAAUGUAGUUUACCAGGAAGCUGAAAGGAAGGGGGGUCUGGGGGUUCUCCCCCGGGAACGCCUUACUAAAGUGAUGCUAUAACU